AUGGCCGUAUCAACAAUAAAACCAGGCGGUGCCGGUCCGCUCACGACCGUCUUUACGACGCCAGACUUCUGCGCCGCGAAUGCCUGGACUGAUGUCGGUACGCCGGCGCUGUCGAGCUCGAUAUGCAUGCCAAACGGGUUCACCGAGUACUGGAACUACAAGGCAGGCUUCUUCUCACCGGGAAUAUGCCCCUUAGGAUUCACGCGCGGAUGCUCAAUUCCUGCGGAUUUGGCGACGGGCAUUUCUCUCGGCGGCCCGUUGUCCAGUGGCGAGACGGGGCAAAUAUGCUGUCCAACGUCAACCGCGCUGACUACCUACACAACAUCCAACGAGAUCACGCCGGCAUUUCUGACGACCACGCUGGAGCUGGUGUACGCCAUCCAAGUGCGCUGGCGAGAGUCGGACCUGACGAACCUGGAGACGAAUCCCACCGUAUACGGCCAGACCAUGACCGCGUCCGCAACAGCUUCUGCAGCCGCCCGCACCACCGCCACGGCGACCAGCACCAGUGUCGCCGAUGAAAACGGCAAUGAUAGCAACGACACGGGCCUCUCCACUGGCGCCCAGAUUGGCAUCAUUGUCGGCGUCGUGGCCGCAGUCAUCGGCCUGGCAAUUGGGGCCUACCUACUUUGGCGGCGGCGGUCCGACAAAAAGCGGCAACCCCUCGCCCAGGAUGAUAUGAAGCCAGGCGACCACUACCAGCACCUGUCCGAGGAGAGCUUGACGGCGGCGAACAACAAUGGGAUAGCGCUGGCAAACAGCCCGGCGUCGCCUCUUUCUCCAGAGAACAUGGCCAGCGCGCCUUCCACGGCCAUGACUCUGGCGUCGGAAAUGCCGGCGAGUACGGCCUUCGCGUCAGAGAUGCAAGGUAGCCACAUGCACCCGGUCGAGGCGCCGGCGUCGAAUUCUGUGAUUGCCGAGUUGCCAGGCGAUCACGCCUACUUCGAGAAGGACACGGAGCCGGAUGGUAAACGGUGA